AUGCGUGUGAACACCUUGCCACUAUCCUUUCUACAAAUCAAUACCAAACGAGCCUUAUCUGAGAGCUUUUCCGAAGAAAGUGUCAACAAAAGAAAUCGUGUAGAAGAACUGGUAAAACACUUGAAGAAAUGUUUCUUUAUCACGAUAAGAGACGGCGUAGAAGAACUUGUCGGGGAUGCUAAAACCCAAGACAAAACAAAUGAACUGAAAAACAAGCUCGUAAAUGUAAAGACUCUACCGGCAGCAAUAAUAACAAACACGGCACAGCUUGCCAACCUCUUCAGAACGGAUCUCCCUCCUAUUGUAAAGACAUUCGUGUGUACUAGAUUACAAGAUACGAUGGUUACCUCGACAGAUUAUACCCUUUGCUUUUCGGCACUCGUGAAUAUGAUGAUAAGUGAGCUGAGGAGUAGCGAAUUCUUCUUUGACAACAAUGAUAUCAAGAUUAAAAAGGUUCCUGGCUUCAACCUCGCCGAAUUGUUGCCUUUUGUUACAACUAACGAGCCAAGACACACCAUCCAGCAGCUGGACAAGAAUUUAAUUAGCUCUAAGCGGUUUGAUACGGAAUUCAAGUGUCUCUUCACAAGCCAGCACCUGCAAAUUGUGCAUAGCUAUUUUUUUAGUGUCCGUGGUGCUAAAGAAGAAAAUUUGAACGCACACCCUGUGCAGAAUAGUCUGUUUUGUUCUUUCAAAGAAUCCGGUCUUGAUAAACAGAGGUUCUUUCUUGAGAAAGCAUUAUCAUCGGCAACGGCGAUUGCUCUUGAAACAUAG